CCUUGCUCGAAACCUAUCAACUGCCGAUGGGAGCAACCGAAUUUUCUCCUCGAUUACUUCGUUCCGCCACUAUUCUUUCCAUCGGCCGCCGUCUCCGCCGCGCGGGCGGCGCCGGAGGACCCGGCAAUAACCGAUGCCCCACCAUCAUCCCUGCCUCCGCUGGUCCUCACAAUCUGCGUCGGCCAUGGCUUCGACCUCCACAGGCUCGAGGCGGUUCUCCCACUGAUCAUCGGCGGCAUCGACAUCCCCCACGACCGCGGCUGCGACGCCCACUCCGACGGAGAUGUGUUGCUUCAUUAUAUGGUGAAUGCGAUUGGGGCCUUGGGGCUUCCGGAUAUCGGCCAGAUAUUUCCCGACAUUGAUCCCAGGUGGAUGGGCGCCGCGUCCUCUGUCUUCUUGGGAGAGGCUGUCAGACUAAUGCAUGAGGCAGGCUAUGAACUUGGAAACUUAGAUGCCACAUUGAUCCUACAAGGGCCAAAAUUGAGUCCACACACGGAGGCCAUUAGAGGAAAACUCUGCGAUCAUCUUGGAGCAGAUCCACCUACUGUAAAUCUUAAAGCAAAAGCUCAUGAGAAGGUUGAUCUUUAAUUCAUUUGUUGCUGUUGUAUGUUAAUUGUUGGAUACUGUAUAAUUGUCCAUACAGCAAGCGUCAUAGAAGAUGCAACUCAAGCUUGCUACUUCAAUAUGUAGCCAUUCAAUAUAUAUAGUUGUAUUUAAACUCUGUAUUAUCACUGAAUUAAUAAGAAUUCCUGAAUUAAAUUCGUUCUC